AUGUCAGAUGUCCCGGACUGCUGUCAAGCCUUUCAUUGGGACAGUAUGUGGCAGUAUCAUCAAGGUCACUAUACUGGCCCUGUCCCCCCACAGCCGUCACAGAACCACCAGCAAUGGAAUUUCCCCCCUGCAGACGGCCUUCACCAUGCUCCUCAAGCCACGCCGUGGACACAGCAACGAGCACACUACACCCCUACAAAUAACCAUGUCCCUCAGAACUACCAGGUAGAUGAGCGAGGUCUCAGGGUAUCUCCACGGCGCCGGCAUUCGAUUGCAUCUGCUGAAGACUACAAUCAGUACGCCCAACCUCCUCCUAACUUCUUUCCCGAUGCACCUCAACCGGGCUCGCAACACUUCCGCUCGUUACCCGGUACCCCUCCUAGGCUCGAUUCCACGGAGGUCAGGCAGGCUCCUGAGGAGUCAGACCAUCCUGCCCAGACCAAACCUUCGCAACUUGAAGAGACAGCAAGCGACGCUAAUGGCAAGGUCAAUAAAGCAUCCAGCAAAAAACGCACCAAGAAGGCUGACAAGGACGACCAGGAGAAGCCACCCAAGAAGCCUAAGAAGCCGCGUGGGCAGGGUGCGAAGUCUGGCGUCAAUCGUCGAGAGCCUGGUGCAUCGGAUGACGACGUCGCUGGACUGAGCAAAAAGGAGGCCAAGAGCGUCACCAAGAACACGGCAACUACGUGGUCGGAAUCCGAUACGCUAACUGUCGUGAAGUACAUUGUCGAACCGAAACGAUGGGAGAAGUUCAAGGCGCAGCAGGCGCAUGAUUUCCAGACGAUUUCCCAGAAGAUUUUGGGCGGCAGGAAAGACGUAGACCAAGUCCGCAACUUGUGGCACAAGGUGUGGGACAAGUACAAGACGUGCCGUCGCCGAGAAAAGCACACCGGCGGAGGAGAUGGAGACGUCGAUGACACCGGAGCUGGUAGUGGAGAAGAAGACGGCGAUGACGAGGAGCGAGAGGGCGAGGAAGAGAGUCCGGUGCCAGCAGCGGAAGUUGAUGCCGAAACUGGCGAGAAGCCUAAGGAGCUCGGUGAUGGCCAGGUGGAGGGCAGUGCCGGUGAUGGCGGAGACAAGCCUCGCACGAAGAAGAAAGCACGCUACUCUAAGGCGGUACUUGAUAGGUUUGAGCAGUCCGAAGUAUACAGACUCAUCGAUGAGGUAGCCCACAAUAACACCGAAGUCGUUAGGACUCGGGUGUACAACGGAGCUAGUGCGACCUCCGACGACGAGAAUGGGAAGCCCAGGCGCUUGAAGAGUGCAAGGUCAUCAAGCCCUGCUGCGAGCAGUGACGAAGCAUUCAUGAAGCAGAUUCUCGCGACCAUGCAAGCUCGUCAUAAGGCCACAGAUGCGCGGGAGACCCGGAGACUCGAACUAGAAGAGCGUGCGGAGAAGCGCGCUGCAGAAGAGCUCGAGGAACGGCGCAAACGGGAGAAGAGAGAGCAUCGUGCAGGGAUGUGGGACCGCGCGAUUAAGCUAAGUUCGUCUGCGAAUGCUAAGGUUGCGGCACAGGGCGAGAAGAUGCUUGCACGACUGGCGGAAGAGGAGGAACAGGAUGGCUUCGAAUAA